GAGAAGAUGAAGGCGGGAAGGAGAUAGAGACGUCGAGGCCGCAACGGGAGCAACAUGAUGAGAACACCGGAGUCAGUGCGGCUUUAGAGGAGCUCAGAAUAUGAAUCACGUUUCGCGACGUCAACGAAGUCCGUGCUUGAUCCGAAAAAAUCCGCUAAGUUUGCGCAUAUGUCAUCCAACGUGCGAAGGUCUUGCCCUGAAAACAGACGCAGUAGUGAGGUGUCAGCUGGUCACGAUGGUGGACUGAUGUGUUAUCGCCUCUAAGGCCACUCGCGGGCCUCCAAUCAGCAGCUAGAGCCAGAGCCUCUCCCAGCAGUGGUAAUCCAUUAAGUAGAGCAUGCAGAGCGCAGACGGGAAUCCAACUGGUUGCGCGAGAACACCAUGGGGAACGCGAACACCAAGUUGGAGCCUGAGAAACCCAGCGCACCACCAGAUCCUUUGAUUGUUCUGGUGUCCUCCCUCAACGACGCCGUGGACGCUCUACAAAAAGUUCUCCAAGUGCGUCAGCUACCUGCAUUCGAGCUUGACAGUCCAAUUCCGCAUCCAUUGGACUCUGGACUGCCUGAUCCAGUGAGUUGGUUCGCAAGGAAAGCAAUCGUCGGUCUUUGUAGCAAGAUCAUCGCCACUGUCGAAAGCCCUGCGGAGCGAGCUCUCGUCCUGUCCAACGCCUGGUUGAUUCCAGUCGCACUGAAUGUCGUUAUUGAGAGCGAACCUCCUGUGGUCGACCUCAUUGCGGAGACUGGUGAGAUCGGAGCGACCGUGACCAGUCUCGCUGGGAAGACAGGGAUUGAUGCUGCUAAACUGCGAUCGAUUCUACGCGUUCUAACCUCAGAGUCCUUCUUCAAGGAAAUCACCCCCGGACGUUAUGUUCUCAAUCGACCGUCGAGCGUGUUGGUUACUGGGAAUGCAAUCGGUGAUUUGGUAUCUUUUACGUCGGGACCGAGCAUGAGGGGUGGUUCUGUUCUGUCCAAGGCACUUCGUCAUGACGGCCUUCCUGCAGGGGAUAAAUAUGAAGAGACUGUGUUCAAGCAGACCGCGUUCCAACUCUAUCAUCAGAAGGCCUUGUACCCAUGGCUUAUGGAGAAUCCUCGUUAUUUGACGCGUUUCCAUCGCGGCAUGACCCAACUUGAGCUCUAUAUGGAUCCAGGCAUCUCCUGUGACUAUCCUUGGGAAGAGCUCGGAGAAUCCGUCACGCUGGUCGAUGUGGGCAGUGGGCGUGGCGGUCUUACCAUGACCCUGCUCAAACGCUUCCCAAAGUGGAAGGCGGUCUUGCAAGAUCGGGCUGAGGCAUUGUCGGCAAUUCGAGAAUUCUGGGAGAAAGAGGCAACCGACAUCGUUGACGCGGAUCGUGUCUCUUUCUUGGCUCAGGAUUUCUUCCAAGUGACAAGCCUGCGUGCGACAGAUGACUCUCACUAUGUGUUCAUGAUCAAGAACGUACUUCACAACUGGGGCGAUGAGCAUUGCCUCAAAAUCCUUCGUAAUCUUGGCCCUGCCGCGGCUCCUGGCUCUACCCUCCUUGUCUGCACGUAUAUGCCAGCUAUCCCACAACCCGAUGAGAAGCAUAUCACUGUGAAGGAAUACUUCGACGGGAUCUCUGGGAAGGAUAUGCGCGAGAUCCAGGAGAUGCAUCUGCCCAUUCCUGAACCACUGUGGGCAGACUGGGGAUAUGGGAACGCAUAUGAAACCCGCUCUGGUGCUGCCAUGACCGGUCUGCUCAACGCCGCAGGAAGGGAUAUAUAUGACUUGAGAAAUUUGCUCAGUGCUGCCUCAUGGGAGGUCGCGUCUUCGACACAAAUGCGUUCAGCGGCUUCAAUGAUCAAGGCCAUCAAACUGCAACCCGCGCCUCUCCCUAACUAG